GUUCUUGUUCGAAACACCAAUUGUAUUCUUUGUUCUUUAGUAAUUAUGUAUACUGUAUAUAUUGACUCACCAGUGACCAUGCAAGUCAUACUCCUUUGUUAUGCUAGUUUUCAAACAAUCUUGAGUGACAGUGCCAAAACUUUUAAACCGGUUCUUGAUUCUUGAUCCUCGAAGGUGGUGAGGAAAGAUGGGUUUGGAGCCAUUGGACUGGUAUUGUCGACCGGUGGCAAAUGGGGUUUGGGGAAAAGAAGUGGACAGUGCAUUUGGUGCAUAUACCCCAUGUGCCAUUGAUUCUCUAGUGAUUUGCAUUUCUCAUUUGGUUCUUCUGGGGUUGUGCUUUUACAGAAUCUGGUUGAUUAAGAACAAUUCAAAAGCUGAAAAGUACAGUUUGAGGACAAAGUACUACAAUUAUAUGUUAGGGUUAUUGGCUGCCUAUUGCACAGCUGAGCCUUUAUUGAGGUGGGUGAUGGAUAUCUCUAUUUUUAACCUGGAUGGACAGACUAGUCUUGCCCUCUUUGAGAUUGUAUCAUUGAUCAUUGAGGCUCUUACCUGGUGUUCAAUGGUUAUUAUGCUCAGUUUGGAAACCAAAAUUUAUAUCCGGCAGUUUCGGUGGUAUGUGCGGUUUGGAGUUAUUUAUGUGUUGGUAGGGGACGCUGCAAUGCUUAAUCUAAUUUUUCGUAUGCAAGGUUACUACAGCAGAUUUGCAUUGUACACAUACCUCAGUUCUGUUCUCUGCCAGGUUUUGUUUGGUGUUCUUCUUCUUGUGUAUAUUCCCGAUUUGGAUCCUCAUCCAGGUUACAACAUUGUGCAACCUGAGUAUCCUGUAAAUGGUGAAUAUGAAAAACUUCCUGGAGAAGAGCGAAUAUGUCCCGAGAGGCAUGUCAACUUAUUUUCUAGGAUAUGUUUUGGAUGGAUGACUCCACUUAUGCAGCAAGGUUAUGAAAGGCCUAUCACUGAAAAGGAUGUAUGGAAGUUAGACACAUGGGAUCAGACUGAGACAUUGAUUAAAAAGUUCCGGAAAUGUUGGAUUGAAGAAUCUCAAAGGCCAAAGCCACGGCUUUUAAGAGCAUUGAACAAUAGCUUUGGGAGAAGGUUCUGGUUGGGUGGGUUGUUUAAGAUUGGAAAUGAUCUUUCACAGUUUGUUGGGCCUGUUUUGCUGAACCAUCUCUUAAAGUCAAUGCAACGAGGGGAUCCAGCCUGGAUUGGUUAUAUCUAUGCUUUCUCAAUUUUUGUUGGAGUGUCAUUAGGUGUGCUAUGUGAAUCUCAGUACUUUCAGAAUGUUAUGCGCACUGGUUUUCGGCUGAGAUCAACUUUGGUGGCUGCCAUAUUUCGUAAAUCCUUGAGACUAACUCAUGAGAGCCGCAAGAAUUUUCCAUCUGGGAAGAUAACAAAUAUGAUCACUACAGAUGCCAAUGCACUUCAGCAAAUAUGCCAACAACUACAUGGAUUGUGGUCAGCUCCAUUUCGCAUCACCAUGGCUAUGGUUCUUCUCUAUCAGCAACUUGGUGUUGCUUCGCUUCUUGGUUCACUAAUCCUUGUUCUCAUGGUCCCAAUACAGACAAUUAUUAUAAGCAAAAUGAGAAAACUAACUAAAGAAGGAUUGCAGAGGACUGACAAGAGAGUCAGCCUCAUGAAUGAAAUAUUGGCUGCCAUGUACACUGUUAAAUGUUAUGCAUGGGAGAAGAGCUUCCAGUCCAAAGUUCAAAAUAUACGCAAUGAUGAGCUAUCAUGGUUCCGCAAUGCACAAUUACUAUCUGCUUUCAACAGUUUCAUAUUGAACAGCAUCCCAGUGGUUGUGACAUUGGUUUCAUUCGGGACAUUCACUUUCCUUGGUGGAGAUUUGACACCUGCAAGGGCAUUCACAUCUCUCUCUUUAUUUCAAGUGUUACGAUUUCCUUUAAACAUGCUUCCCAACUUGUUAAGUCAGGUUGUAACUGCAAACGUGUCAUUACAACGCCUGGAAGAACUUCUUUUAGCUGAAGAGAGAAUUCUAGUACCAAAUCCACCUCUUGAGCCAGAACUUCCAGCCAUCUCAAUCAAGGAUGGAUUCUUUUCAUGGGAUUCAAAGGCUGAGAAGCCUACAUUGUCCAAUAUCAAUUUGGACAUACCAGUUGGCAGCUUAGUUGCAAUUGUUGGUGGGACUGGAGAAGGAAAGACAUCACUGAUCUCAGCAAUGCUUGGAGAGCUGCCUCCUGCAGCUGACACCAAUGUUGGUAUUAGAGGGACCGUUGCUUAUGUUCCUCAAGUAUCAUGGAUCUUCAAUGCGACUGUGCGUGACAACAUAUUAUUUGGGUCCAAAUAUGAAUCCACAAGAUAUUGGCAAGCUAUUGAUGUAACAGCAUUACAGCAUGAUCUUGACUUACUUCCAGGCCGUGAUCUUACGGAGAUAGGUGAAAGGGGUGUGAACAUCAGUGGUGGGCAAAAGCAAAGAGUUUCCUUGGCUAGGGCUGUCUACUCCAAUUCAGAUGUGUACAUAUUUGAUGACCCUCUAAGUGCUCUAGAUGCUCAUGUUGGUCGGCAGGUUUUUAACAGCUGUAUCAAGGAAGCAUUGCAAGGAAAAACUAGAGUUCUUGUUACAAACCAGCUACAUUUUCUUCCACAGGUGGAUAGGAUUAUUCUGGUUAGUGAGGGUACAAUUAAAGAGGAAGGAACCUUUGAGGAGCUCUCUAAGAGUGGCAAAUUGUUCCAGAAACUGAUGGAAAAUGCUGGGAAAAUGGAAGAAGUGGAAGAACAAGCAGAAGAAAAAGAGAAUACUGAAAAUCGUGACCGUAAAAAUUCAAAACCAGCAGGUGAUGAGAUAAAUGAGUUGCCACAUAAUGCAGGGUAUACAAAGAAAGGGAAAGGAAGGAAGUCUGUGCUUAUCAAGCAAGAGGAAAGGGAAACAGGUGUUGUAAGUUGGAAUGUUAUGAUGAGGUAUAAGAAUGCAUUGGGAGGCACUAUGGUGGUUAUGGUACUGUUUGCAUUCUAUUCAUCGACAGAAGUGCUUCGAGUUUCAAGUAGUACAUGGUUAAGCUUUUGGACGGAUCAAAGCACUUCAGAAGGCUAUAGGCCUGGUUACUACAUUUUAAUUUAUGCACUUCUAUCACUUGGCCAGGUAACAGUGACUCUGGCAAACUCUUAUUGGUUGAUCAGUUCAAGUCUUCGUGCAGCCAAAAGAUUGCAUGAUGCCAUGCUGGAUUCAAUCCUACGAGCUCCAAUGCUAUUCUUCCACACUAAUCCAACAGGAAGGAUCAUCAAUAGGUUUGCAAAGGAUCUAGGUGAAAUAGACCGCAAUGUUGCCAGUUUUUCUAAUAUGUUUCUGAACCAAGUUUGGCAGCUUCUUUCAACAUUUGUACUGAUUGGCAUAGUUAGCACGAUAUCCCUAUGGGCCAUAAUGCCACUUCUCAUCCUUUUUUAUGUGGCCUAUUUAUACUACCAGAAUACAUCCCGUGAAGUAAAACGUCUGGAUUCCAUCACCAGAUCUCCAGUUUAUGCACAGUUUGGAGAAGCAUUAAAUGGUCUAUCAAGCAUUCGUGCAUACAAAGCUUAUGAUCGAAUGGCCAAUAUCAGUGGGAAGUCAAUGGACAACAACAUCAGAUUCACCCUUGUGAAUAUUAGUUCAAAUCGUUGGCUCACCAUAAGAUUGGAAUCAUUAGGAGGAAUCAUGAUUUGGUUGACUGCAUCCGUCGCAGUAUUGCAGAAUAGCAGAUCUGAAAACCAGGUGGCAUUUGCAUCUACAAUGGGUCUACUUCUCAGUUAUACGCUAAAUAUUACUAAUCUAUUGAGUAAUGUUCUUAGACAAGCAAGUAGAGCAGAAAAUAGUUUUAAUUCCGUUGAGCGUGCUGGAACGUAUAUAGAUUUGCCUUCUGAAGCUCCAACCAUAAUUGAGAGCAAUCGUCCUCCACCGGCAUGGCCUUCUUCAGGAUCAAUAGAGUUCAGGGAUGUUGUCUUGCGUUAUAGACUAGAACUUCCUCCAGUCUUGCAUGGAUUGUCCUUCUCAGUUUCACCAAGUGAGAAGGUGGGAAUAGUUGGGCGAACCGGAGCAGGGAAAUCUAGCAUGCUUAAUGCAUUGUUUCGUAUUGUAGAACUUGAAAGAGGAGAAGUCAUCAUUGAUGGCUGUGAUGUUUCUAAGUUUGGACUGACAGAUUUGAGAAAAGCUCUUAGUAUCAUACCACAAUCACCUGUUCUUUUCUCAGGUACUGUGCGGUUUAAUCUGGAUCCAUUUAGCGAACACAACGAUGCAGACCUUUGGGAGGCUCUAGAGAGGGCACAUCUAAAAGAAGUCAUCAGGAAGAAUACUUUUGGUCUAGAUGCUGAGGUUUCUGAGGGAGGGGAGAAUUUCAGUGUUGGACAGAGACAAUUACUAAGUCUUGCGCGAGCAUUGCUACGAAGAUCAAAGAUUCUUGUUCUUGAUGAAGCAACUGCUGCUGUUGAUGUCAGAACUGAUGCUCUUAUUCAAAAAACCAUUCGAGAGGAAUUUAAAUCUUGCACAAUGCUUGUUAUUGCUCACAGACUAAAUACUAUCAUUGACUGUGACAGAAUUCUCGUGCUCGAUGCCGGUCUGGUUUUAGAGCAUGCAACUCCAGAGGAACUGCUAUCAAUUGAAGGAAGUGCAUUCUCUAAAAUGGUUCAAAGUACAGGAUCUGCAAAUGCUCAAUACUUGCGCAGCUUAGUAUUUGAGGGAAAAGAAAACAAAUUCAGUAGAGAAGAAACCAAAAGUCAAGAUGGCCAGAAGAGAUGGAUGGCCUCUUCAAGAUGGUCUGCUGCUGCCCAAUUUGCCCUUGCCAUUAGCCUCACUUCUUCCUAUAAUGAUCUUCAAAGGAUAGUUAUCGAAGACAAGGACAAUAUAGUCAACAGAACAAAAGAUGCAGUAACAACAUUGCAGGAUGUCCUGGAGGGAAAACAUAAUGCAGAAAUAAACAUGACACUAGAAGAACACGAACUUCCCCAAGAUCGAUGGUGGUUCUCGCUCUACAGAAUUGUUGAAGGUCUUGGUACAAUGAGCAGUUUUGCUUACAAUAGGCUGCAACAGUUAGAAUAUGACAAUGAAAAUGAAUCACUUAACUGGGACAAUAUUGGAAGCACUGAGAUUUAAAUGUUGUAAAAGGUAUAUAUAUAUGGUUGAAAUAUAUAUAAUGAAAAUUGCUUGAAAAAGCAGAGGAGCUCUGCUUUGCAAUUUUGGAUUUUGCUUUGCAAGUGUAAUCAUUUGUAUAUGGUAAAGAUCUAUUAUUAUUAGGAAAUGAAUGAACAAAAAAAAAAAAAUCAUUCUGAUGGCUAAUGUAAAUUAAUAAAUGCAGUUUAUUCAUGUUAUACUAUGAUUAAGAUUAAAAAAUAUAUAUUUAUAGACUAAUGUUAUUCAAGUC